ACCUGAACUCUCAUCUUUUCGCGUAUGAAUAGUCUAUUUUGGGAUAUAGUACGCGAGUAUAUAUUCCAUUAUAGAUCCAAAUUCCAUUAUCCAUCCUUAUCUCUAUCGCAGGGUAGGUCUGUUUCGAAGUCAACAACAUCUAUGGUUACCGCCGGCCCAAUGAACGACCUUCCCGCCGUUAUGUCCGGGAUGUCACAACGUAUCCCAGGACCUCAGCAGAUUCUGAAGGUCCUUACUGGAUCUCUGGGUCUAUCUGGCCUGCGUGGCUCAGAAGUUCUACCUCUGGAAGAUGGCUACUCCUCUUGUCCAAAGCCGCAGCUAAGCUGCCAGACAAGUUAUCAGGGCCAGGAUACCUGUUGCUUCAACUAUCCUGGCGGACAGAUGCUCCAGACACAGUUCUGGGAUGCUGAUCCGGCUAUUGGUCCUGAUGAUUCAUGGACCAUUCAUGGACUAUGGCCUGAUCACUGCGACGGUGGCUUCGAUCAGUUCUGCGAUCACAAAAGAAAUUAUAAUAACAUCUCGUUGAUUCUUGUCGAUGCCGGCCGGGGCGAUCUGCUGGAUUACAUGAAAGAAUACUUCAAGGACUACAAAGGAGACGAUGAUUCGCUGUAUUCGCAUGAGUUCUCGAAACAUGGAACCUGUAUCAGUACCCUUAACCCGAACUGUUAUACCGACUACUACCCUCAGGAAGAGGUGGUAGACUACUUCAACAAGACCGUCGAGAUUUUCCAGAGGCUUCCCUCGUACGAGUUCCUUGAAAAGGCCAAUAUUGUCCCGUCUUAUGACCGCACCUAUUCGCUGGCCGACAUAGAAGAUGCGCUCAAAGAAGGCCACGGAGCCGACGUCACGGUCCGAUGCCACUAUCAGUCUCUGAACGAGAUCUGGUAUCAUUUCAACGUCGCUGGUCGAUUGCAAACUGGAGAAUUCGUCCCUACGAGCCCAGAUGGGCCGAAGUCAAACUGUCCCAAGACGGGAAUUCACUAUAAGCCCAAGAGAUCCAAGCCGCCUUCUACCACAACAUCGGCUCCGUCCGAUCCAACCAGGUCCCCGUCCAACGGUAGAGGGCAUCUGCAAGUGUACACACUGAACCAAAAGCGAGGAUGCAUCAUUAGCAAAGGCACCUGGUUCUCAUCAGGAACAUGCGCCACUUUCAGAAUCAACAGAGCUUCUGACGGUUUCACCCUCCAAUCAAGAAAGGGACACUGUGCUUUUUACAGAGACAUCUUCAGCUGCAACAAUCGCGUCCGAAACCCCACUGUGUUCACGACCAUAGACGGAAAAAUCGCCUAUAACGGAAACACCACCUUCUUCGCAGAUAAAGCCCCCAAGGGCCCCACCCAAAGUAAAAUAUUUGCCUCGAAUGAUGAGCACCCUAUCGAGCUCUCGAUCAAGUGGCAGGAGGUCUGACAACCGCUUAGUAGCGGAGCGAUCUGGUUUCAACCUAGAACAUAAUAAUCGGAGUUAGGGUCGUGGUUCAACAUAGUCCAUCUUUAUCAUUACUAGCAGUAGUUACUUGUAUACGAAUAGCCUGCUUUAGACUGCUCCAGGAAUAUAAUAUGAUCUGCUUGCUCAGAGGAUGCAUCUUGAUUUUG